AGAAAAUCCUAGGACACUUUUACAACACUAUAAGUAUAGUUAAUCUACUUCUAGAAAACCCUAACCUCCUCUUAUAUAUAGAGAUUGCAUAGUUAAAUCCCAUAACACACUCUCCCAAUUUAUCAAUCUCUCCCGGUACUAGUUUCAAUUUAUCAAUCUCUCACGGUACUAGUUUCAAUUUAUCAAUCUCUCACGGUACUAGUUUCAAAUAAUUGAAAUUGAACACACUCUCCCUAAUUGCUGCAGAAUGUACAAUGCGAUUAGGAAGAUGAAGAUAGGAACAAAUCCGAAUCUCUUCGUUACAAGAUAGCAGCUUUAAUAUCGAUAAUGGUGGCAAGUGCAAUCGGUGUUUGUAUACCACUUCUUAACAAAGUUAUACCGGCGUUAAGUCCCGAAAAGGAUAUAUUUUUUUUCAUCAAAACUUUUGCUGCCGGUGUGAUAUUAUCUACCUCUUUCAUACAUGUGCUUCCAGAUGCUUUUGAUGAAAAUCUUACUUCCCCUUGUUUAAAGGAACAUCCUUGGGGUGAUUUUCCGUUCACCGGUUUUUUGGCUAUGGGGACUCUUAUGGUGGAGACUUACGCCACUUCUUAUUUUCAAAACCAGAAUUCUAAGAAGACACCGAAACAAGUCGAGAAUCACGAGUCAUGCUCAGAUGUAGAGAAGCAUGCAGGUCAUGAAGGACAUGUGCAUGUUCAUACGCAUGCUUCACAUGUUCAUGCACAUGGGCAGGUUUCUUCUUUGGAUCGAUCAUCAGAACUUCUUCGUCAUAGGAUUAUAUCACAGGUAUUGGAGUUGGGGAUUGUUGUUCACUCUGUUAUAAUAGGAAUUUCUCUUGGUACUUCGGAGAGUCCAAAGACCAUAAAGCCACUGGUAGCUGCCUUAACUUUUCAUCAAUUUUUUGAGGGCAAAUUUCAAGAAUCUAUCUAUUACAGUCAUGGGAUUGUAGUCAUGGGAUUGUUCUUUGCAUUGACAACACCAAUUGGAAUUGGAAUUGGAAUAGGGGUCAUUAGUGUUUAUGAUGAGAACAGUCCAACAGCCCUUAUAGUUGAAGGAAUCUUCAAUGCAGCUUCAGCUGGGAUCUUGAUUUAUAUGGCACUUGUAGAUCUUCUUGCUGCUGAUUUUAUGAAUCCAAGGAUGCAAAAGAGUGGUAGUCUUAGAUUAGGGUGUAAUGUAUCUCUUCUAUUAGGAGCUGGUGCUAUGUCUCUUAUAGCUAAAUGGCUUAGGAGUGUUUAUAGAAAGAAUUAUUAGUUUAGUUUAUCAUUGCAUUCCAAAAUUUUCGUUUAAAUUAGUUAAUGAUUUCCAGAAUUAAGAUUGAUGAUUUUUUUUGUUUAUUUAUUUUCAUUGAUUACCAAAAGAGGAGUUCAUAUUUUUAUCA